GUAAUGUGGAGCAUCGACGCAUAUGACUUUGGCACGAACAGCUGUAAGGAGCCGCUGCUUUUAUCAACAAGCUGAUUUGCCCAUCGCGUUAUAGAGCGACUUUGCUGGGUAUCUUAGUUGGUAGUGGCAACCUGGCCUGGUGUCUGUGGCCCUCGGUGCAGAGUCUCCAAACGGUUUCCUGGCUGCGCCGGUCACGAGCUGUGCCCAACUCCCCCUGUCACGCUUGAAUGUGAAGUGGACUGUACAGAAAAUACCACUAACUGGACCAGGCGCUUGCAACGCGUUUGUUGCAAGAAUGCAAACUUUGUCAGACGUGCAUGCGCCGGAGUCCGCUCUCUAUUAGAAGCUCAGCCGCCCUUUUCAGGGGCAUGCUCGCACGAACCUGCAGGAGUGUAUCUUCAAAUGCUCCGCAGCCUGCAGACAUGGUUCAGCGGCAGGGUUGGGGCUCUCCUGGCGCCGCGCGCCCUGUCCGGCCCAUACCUCCACAGGGUCCUGUUGCUGAGGAUCACGUACGUGUUUCUUGCAUUGUACGAGAUGGACAAAAGCAUAUCGUACAUUGCGCUCCAGGGUGCCCUCGCCUGGGGCCCUUUGGACCGGACCAUUCUGCUCAUCAUGGGAGCACCGGCCGUCGCCUCCAUCAUUGGUCUGGCAAUGCCGCUGCUGGCCCUGCCCGCCUAUGAGCGGCACUGGACCGAAAUUCACCGCGCCAUCUUCUUCACGGUCGUGGCGGCGCGAGCAGCUGUGCACCUGCUGAGCGCAGCCGCCGGUGGAGGGCGGCCGUGGCUGCAGUACGGCCCUCAGCAACACCUGCUGAUGGACUCGACACUGUUCGCUGUGCACCAGGAUUCCCUGGAUGAAUACGCACCGAAGCUGGCUUUGAUGUUGGCGCUGUACUCGUUUGGGGGUGCUGGCUCCGCGGCGCACGGGGCCGUGGUGGACGUGGUGGCAGGGCCUGACGCCGGCGGCGGCAGCAGCCGCGCCGCUCGCGGCGUGGGCACCUCCUACUCAUACAUCACGGCUGGGGAGUUCUACGUGUCAUGCCUGCUGCUGGCGUUGGUGGUGUCGAGGCUGUACGGCCAAGUCAUGGGGCCGCGAGAGCAGCCGCUCUUCCUGCGGCAGGUGGCUAUGCACAUGCGCUCAACAUCCUCCGUCGCGCUACAGACAAAGCAAUCACAGCAGCGCCUUUGCUACAAGCGAGCGUACUUGUUCAAGUUGGCGGCGGUGAAGGGCACGCAGGCGCUCACGCUGCUGUCGUAUGCGGUGCGCCAGGCCGCGCUGGCGUGGGCGGCACGGGGCGGCGACGGCACAGGCCAGCAGCUUGCAUUGCAGGCCGUCAUGGCUGGUUGCGGCGGCGCGCUACUUGCGGCAAGCGUGCUGGUUGCCCUGUUCAUGAGCGGCCCCGGGGGCCUGUACCACCGCCACGGCCGAGCCAUCAACGCGCUGGCACUCAUAGCGUGUGCCUCCGCGCGAGUUGCGCUGCUGGUGCUGGAGGGGCAUGGGGCUGCGGAGCAUGCAGCCUUCCAUCAUUUCAUGGCUAUCUGUUUCAGCCUGAUGGUCAAUGAGGAGCCGCGUGCAGCUUUUGCGGCUCAGCUCGUGGUCUUCUGCUGCACCUUCAAGGCAGUCAGUGCUGCCGGGGACUGGCAUCCCGGCGGCGGCGGCUCGGCGGCGUGCGUUCCGCCGCCGCCGGGUUCGGGCCCCUGGGCGCCUCUGAGCUCUGCAGCUAGCUGCUUCCUUCUGACACGGUGCGAGUUCUGGUUCCUCUGUGCAGCUGCGGGCUGGCUACACAACUGGGUGCGCGUCGGAAAGUGGAUUAGCCAACAAGAGCAGGAUGCAGCGGCUAAGAGGGAAGCGGCGCGGGUCGCGGUGUGCUCGCUGAUGGCAGCUCAAAAGGGGCAGCAGAAGGUUACCAAGGGCGGCGGGCGGUUGACAGGGACAGGCGUCGCGCUGGUGUCCGGUGAUGGCACCGCGCCUGACUCUGGAACAGAGAAUGGCAGCAGCAGCAGGCGGCAGGCAGCAGGAGGCAGCGCCGGACAUAGUCCCCUGCAUAGCAGUAGCCGCACGGCAGUUGCGGCGCCUGCGGCCGUGGAAAGCCGCGCGCGCCUCUUUGCCAAACAGCAUGCUGCAGCUGCUGCGGCGCCGCGGCAACCUUCUGGUGCGCAUGAGGCAGCGGCGGUUGGCCAAGCAACCCCAACGGCGCCCGAUGCGGAAGCUAGGGCGCAAGCGGAAAUGGUGGGCGUGCCUGCUCACCGGCCGAGCCUUCCCGGCACGCAGUUGCAACGGUUGGCCUCGGCUGGGGCCUUCUCUGUCACGAGCUCUACGGAGCUGGGCCUCUUCGGUGGAGACGAAGCGCUGAUGGGCGAAUACAAGCAGCUCUUCCCUGCACCGGCGCAAGCCCCGGUCGUCCUCCCUUCGGCGGUGUCAUCCCAACAGAUGCUAAGGCCGCCGGAGGUCGUGUCGGCAGGAGACGGGCCAUCAACGCGCAUGCAGUAUGGUGGCGAGCCCGUAGGCUUCCAGCUCAAUGACGAAGAUGACAUUGAUGGGCAGGGACCCUCCGUGCAGGAGCCAGUCGCGCCUGCCGCCAGCGCUUCUCACCUGCCUGGCGCCGCCAGCAGCGGCGCCCGGCCUCCGUCGCGGCCCGUGCGGAGGUCGUUCAGUGAAAACGUGCCAAUUCGUGGCUUCAGCAUCACCAGCUCGCGCAGCCCCUAUUGUCAUGAUCAGAGCGUUGGCAUCGGCACUGACGGCUCCAGCAGUGGCACGGGAGGCGUGGCGUCGAUCACGUCGCCCACGGGAAGCUCGGCAGUCGCUACCGCGGCCGCCGCGCCGUCCCCAGCUGCGUUCCUGCCGUCAACCAGCUUUGCCGGCGGCGGCGGCUGCCGUGUGUCCGGGGCAAUCCCCAUGGUGAACCCCGCAUCCAACCGUGGCACUGCCGCACUGCGACGGCGGCGAGCGGGAACCAUGGGUCAAUUGACCUUCAACACGGGCACAGCCUCGGCGGGGUUGGCAAGUGGUGUCAGCUUUGAUGCUGUGAACCCUCGUGCCUCCUUCUGCGGUCAGGCCUCGGCUGACGGCACGUCUGCGUCUGUGGUGAGUAGCGGGGGCUUGGGUGUGCACCCGGCCCGCUACGGCUUAGCGCCGACAGUUUUCACGACCGCGGCGGCCGCUAUGGGCAGUCCCCAGCAGUCGUCGCCGCCACUUCCGAGUCCCUCCGGCAGCGGGGCUCCGCGAAUUGCUGCGCUUGCAGCCACCGCUCCUAAAGUUGACACGUCAGGCGCGGAGCACGGUGGCGGCGGCAGCGGCCGCAGCAUGGAGCCAAGCACGCAUGCUUCGACGGCUCUCGUCCCUGGCGUCAGCGCGCCGCUCUCGUGCAUCACACUGCGCCAGUGGCGCUCCGAGCGCAGCCUUUUGCACAACGCUCGCGAGAGCCCAGCCAGCAGCCACCUGAAUAGUGGCCAACAACAGCAGCUCGACACAGGAGGAGCGGACGCGACGGCUUCUACAAGGGCGAGCUGUGACAUCGCAGGCGCAAGGCUGGCGGCGCGAAUGCUCCGCACGCCGCAAAGCCUCGGCAGCACGCGGACAGGAACACGCUCCGUCGCCAGCAUCAGCGACCCGCCCUCGCGGCGCCCGACCAUUGCGGGCAUGGCGGCAAGCGGCGAGCCCGAGCUGCCAUUCCCGGCCUCAUCACCCGCGGAGAUGAUGCUGGCGAACUUGGAACUGGGUGUCACCGUCAUCGUCUGCUUCGGUCAGCUGUUGGCGUCAAUCCAGCAGUGCCCGAUGCAGGAUGCCACUGCCGCAACGGUUGCGGAGGCAGGCGCCGGCUGGCGGUGCCGCUUACCGCUGCUGCUACUGGCCGCGCAGCUUCUGAUCUCGGCCGGUAAUGCCGCAUGGCACGCCUUUGCGCAGCACCGGCUGCUGGAGCCGAAAUGCCAGGGCGGGACAGAGGUGGAGGCGUCGCGGCCUGCACUGCGCGUGCUACAAAUUCUGUCUGGCGGCGGGAGGACGUCACGGCGGAUAUGGGCCCUCUUCGUGAGGGUUCCGUUGGCCGGCUCCCUCACGCAGCUGGCGCUGCUGAGCGCGGGCGUACGGUGCGCGCCCACGGCGCUGCACGGCCUGCAGCUUGCGGCGUCGGCCUUCGCUGCGCACGGCGCGGCUAGCCAUGAGUGUGCCAGUGCGCUGCUGCUGUCGUCUUGCGCCUACUUGGCCGUGCAUACGUUGGGCCGACCGGAGGCGCCGCUUCUGCAGCUGCUCCUAGACGCAGCUCUCUUCCUGACGCUUCCAUGGCUAGUGUUCCUCGUCACUACGCUUGUCAACAGACGUAUUGCCAGAUGGACCGCGAACGAGCACUGCGCAGCGUUGGCCCGACGCUUUGGGCUGCCUUCCAACUUGCUGGAUGGCGCCGCGGGUACGGCGGUGCUGCUACUGCUGCUGGCGCGCGCGACGCCGGUGGUCCUCGCCUGGCAGCAGCAGGGCAUGCGGCUGCUGCACUCACGCCUGGCGGCUCUGGACAUCCAGCUGGCGUCCAGCAGUGGCGGAGCCUCGGUGGUGGUGGCUGUAGCGGUGCCGCUCUUCGUGGCUGUAGCCGUGCUACAAGGCUUGCUACUGCGCGCGCCGCUGUUCUCGGACCCGCGAAAGCUGUGGUUCGAGCGCAUGCAUGCCAACCUGCUGAUCUUUGUCGACGAGCUGCUUGCCGGCGACGGCAGCAAUGAGGCGAUUGUGGAGUCGCUUCGGCACGCUACAGCCGGGGCCUUUGACACGGCGCCGACGGGGGCUGGCAGCGUUGCUGCCGCAGGGCUCGGCAUCGGAGGUGCAGCAGGCACAGUGAUGGAGCUUGUGGUGCUUGAUGAGGCGAGCUGGGGCACCACUGCAGAGGACGCCACAGUCACUUCGUACCUCGUGCACGGUAGCAGCGAGGCGCAUGGGCUGCCGGUGCGGCGGCUGCCGCUGCGGGUGCUGCACAGCGUGCACCACGCGCUGAGCCACCAGGCGACGCUCUUCACCAACAGCCUGCCGGAGGCGGCGAUGGAGGCGCGCUACGAGGACUGGCAGUUGAUGCACCAGACAUGUGGGGCGGUCUCCCUCAUGACUGUGCCUCUUCUGUAUGGCGGCUGCGACCUGGGUGCGCUGGUGGUGAGCUGCCCCAAGGCGGGCGCCUGGGACGAGCUGGCGCGCAAGCUGCUCAUGGACUUCGGACUGCAGAUCAGCCAGGCUCUCUACACCCGAGCCACGCAGCAGCAGCUGGCAGCAGGUGAAGCUGUGCUCAGUGAUAUGCUUCCGGGCCCUGUGGCGGAGAUGCUGAAGCGCAAGGCGCUGCAGCACGGCCACGAGGACGGGGCCGCGGAAAGAGGCACACCCGGUGGUGCUGCUGGCGGGAAGUCUGCGCUUGUGUACAAGCAGUGGCACCCAGCGGUGUCGGUGCUGUUCGCAGAUAUUGUCGGCUACACGACUCUGAGCCAGAGCGUGGAGCCAGAGGAGGUGAUGAUGAUGCUGCAUGCGCUCUACACCAAGUACGAUGCGCUCUGCACCCUGCACGGCGUCUACAAGGUGGAGACCAUCGGAGACUGCUGGAUGGGCGCCACCGGCCUUCUUGCGGAGGACCCGCGCCACGCAUCGGCGCUGGUGGCGUUCGCAAGCGACAUGUUUGAGGCGGCUGAAUCCGUGCGGGACCCCUGCACGGGCAAGGGCGUACGAAUCCGCGUUGGCAUCCAUAGCGGCAGGGUGAUGAGCGGGAUCGUGGGCAGCAUCCGUGCGCGGUACUGCCUCUUCGGCGACACCGUCAACACGGCUUCUCGCAUGGAGUCUACUGGCGUGCCUGGCUGCAUCCAGAUAAGUGGUGCUACGCACGCUCUGCUGGAAGACGCAGAGCGGCAGCGCUUCCUGCCGCGGGGCCUGAUCCCCGUCAAGGGCAAGGGCGAGCUCCCAACAUACCUGUGGGAGAGCGGCUACAAUGGAGAACCUCGUGAAGGCGCUCCUGCCUAGUAUCGCAGUCACUGGGCGGGAUCCAGCAUGUACUGGAUAUUGUGAUGUGAUCGUGUGAACAUGUGUGAUUGGAUGGAUGAAUGGUUGGACGCAUGGGGGACGGGGGGGGGGCACUGUACAAAGACGUUCAUGAAACAUGCUAUGAGUGACUGGGUACUCGGUAGUACUUGCGUUAUGGGUAUGUAUGCUUACGUGCACCAUUAAUUGGUGAACGAUACAAACCAGCCUGCUGCACAUAAUGCGCGGAGGUCCUGAAACAGAAUGGUUUGAAAGCACAUGGAUUGCAGUGCAACGUGAGCCCGGGCAGUAUCCUGCCAUGAAGGACGUGGUUGAGCUUGCGCAUGUUGCUGCAGUCCGACUGCUGUGAUUUUACUUGCAUCGACUUGAUUAAUGCGUGCAUCCAGCCGCAAAGUCAUGCCAAAGAUUUACAAACUCUUAUCUUUUAAUAGCAUUGCUGCAUAUCCCAGACUGGCUGGCUGACAUUCAAAGCAGUUUGUUCGAAUCCAGUGGAGGGACUUGACUAGGGACGUGUCAGCGUUGCGGUCUUUGUCGAUGGGGGUUGUGUGGACAACGCGGGAGUUGGUGAGUUUGCGUGUGCGCUGCGCAGUUUAAGUUCCAGCGACAGUCAAUUAAGGGUGAACAGUGUUGCAAAGAUAUAGGGGGUAUUGCCGGUUAUGCGAGCGGGAGCAUGCUCCUGGUUUCAAGCUUGGCCAUCACUCUUCAGUGCGGCACCACACUGCUGCGAGGGAUGGUGCUCUGCAAAUUUGGGGAGACGUACACCCGUCAGGCGCACGCCUUGCACCUUUUGUUGGGCGCUCAAGUUUGAUGCAAGAUAUAUGCCGUACACGGGACCCGGGAGUUGAGCCUUCACGGGGCACAACUUGUCGAGACGUGGUGCCGUGGGACCUGAAGCGGUUUGAGCAGUUGCUCGAGGCAACAGGGGCCCUCUUUUGUCGGUGUGCACGAUACUGUAGACCUGUAGUGCUUCAAGUAUUGGAUUAUGCUAUGUACGGUGUGGCACGCGCACUUGCGGCAAACUGAAAGUCUCCUUACCAAACGCAGUAGCUGACUGUAAUGGCCUGAAGGGAACCCUCCCCUGACCCUCACUGCCUCACAGUCAGGGAGUGUUCCACGCUGCGCGGUCGUGGGCUCACGUCAGAUGAGGUGCCGUCCAAACUAUUGACUAGUAGCUGCAGUGCGUGACUCUGUGAGAACACACGUCAAAAAAUGACCAUGUUGAGGCAGUUGAGCGGUUGAGCCUCCUAAAUGUUUGCGGUGUACCAGAUUGUUGGAAGGCUCGGGCUCAGAGAGCGCAGGCCCUCAGGUGCGUGGCUGGCAUUGACACUGCCACGUGUAGGGGGGGGGUUCAGGGGUGAUUUGAGUUCGGUGCUUGCCCACACGCACUUUGCACCGCAAUGCACCCUUGCGCCGUCACAGGCGGCGAGAAGCAGCGUCUGUACCUGGGCAUGGA